AUGCAUCCAGAAUUUCCUGAUGAGGAUAUUAUGGCUUUGUUUGAAGAGGAGGUUGAAGAUGAGGACAAAGAUAAGUGGAUUAUGUGGUUUGAUGCGGAGUACGAGGCAUGUGCCCUUGGGAUCCGAGUAGCGAUCAACUUUAGGGUCAAGUUACUCAAGGUAUAUGGGGACUUGGCAUUGGUAAUUCAUCAGUUGAAAGGUGAAUGGGAGACCAAAGACCACAAAUUGGUGCCUUACCAGGCUUACAUCAGGAAAUUGAUGGAACUCUUUGAUGACAUAUCAUUUCAUCACAUUCCUAGAGAGGAAAAUCAGAUGGUUGACGCCCUUGCCACUCUAGCAUCCAUGUUCAAAGUGAGCCCACACGAAGAUUUGUUGAACAUCAAAUUCAGAUGUCGUGUCAAGCCUGCACACUGUUGUUUGAUAGAAGAAGAGGGGGAUGGUAAGCCUUGGUACUUCGAUAUCAAACGAUACAUUGAAGACAAGGAAUACCCGCCUGAUGCCUUUGACAAUGACAAGAGGAUGUUACGAAGGUUGGCAGCCGGUUUCUUCCUCAGUGGGGAUAUCUUGUACAAAAGAAACCAUGACAUGGUGUUACUUCAAUUUGUGGAUGCAAAAGAGGCCAAACAAAUGCUAGUGGAGGUGCAUGAGGGAUCCUUUGGACACAUGCCAAUGGACAUGUCAUGGCCCAAAAUAUUCUGA